ACCUCUGUAUGACAUCAACUUAUGCCUGCUUCUACAGGGACAGGAAAUGCAUACAUUUAGUCUAGUCAAACCUAAAUGUUUGUACAGAAUUUAGGAUGUAUCUCAGCUUUAAUUAAUGAGAUAAAGAUCUUGACCCCACAGAAGGAUUUUAAUAAGAAUCUUUUGAUGGAACAAUAAGAUAUGUUGCAGAAACAAGAGAAAACUGCAAGGCAUUGCAAAUGAUGCGGGAAAUCGUUUAAUUUGCAUAAUUUUGUGAAUUUUAGGAGAAACUGAUUCCUUGACCUGCCUGGAUCUCUCUAUGAACCAUAUUAUUCGGUCUGCUGUUAUGGCUGUACUAAAGGAAGCCUUUACCUUGGUUUCCUUUUUGGGACUGAUUCAUUGCAGUAAGACUGCAAAUGUCAGUGAAGUGUCCUGCACCACAGAUUAUAUCUCUCAGCUUAACUGCUCAAACACAGGAUUGGCACCAGCAACUUCCUGCCUUGUUGAGGUUGAGUGCAGCAAUGGGGAGGAUCAGAGCAAUGGUAGUUGUGAAAUUAGACACCCAGAGCACUGGUGCACUAUCAAACCAUAUGACUUUGAUAUCAUGACUGACAUUGACACUAACUGCACUACCAGAGUGAAGCAAAUGCAUGAAACAGAAACAAAGGAAACCUGUUGGCCCCUGCUGAGCUUCAUUAAACCUGUGCCUCCCUUCAAUAUAACUCUGGAAGAAACUGGUGUGGAUUUCAUUCUUACAUGGAGCACGGCUUACUCAGACGAGGACAACUUUCUGAACCGGUUUUUAAUAUAUCGGGUGAGGCUAAGACCUCUUAGUAUGAAGGAACCCAUAUAUUAUGAGGUGAAAGAGGACCGUUUAUCCCAAUUGAUCCAAAAAGAGAAUUUAGUGAAAGGUGAAACCUAUAUAAUAGAUGUUCAAACCAGAGUGAAUCCCGAGGCAUUCCAGGCUAUAUGGAGUGAAUGGAGUCCCACCACUAAACUGGUGACAGAGGGAGGUUUUUUGGAUAAGACUCAAGGAUGGUACUGCCUUUUACUACUGAUGAUGAUCCCUGUUGUGUUCCUGAUUUGUACAAAAAUGUGGGCAAAUAAACUUCAAUUCAGUAGCAUCCCAAAUCCUAGGGAUUUCUUCAAACCCCUUUAUCAUACAUAUGAAGGGGACUUUAAGAGAUGGGUCGGUCCAGUCAUGAUCUUCAGCAGCGUUGACCUCCAGGAGAAGAGCACAUCCCUAAAGGUGAUGUGUGAGAAGAAUAGGAUACCUCCCAAACUACAUGGCAGGAAGACAGAGGACCUCUGUAACAGUGUGAAUAUCCAAGGCUCCGGGUCAUUCUUUCUGCAGGAUCUUAGCUUCCAUAAUUCCCUCGGUAUAUUAGGGAACACCAUCCAUGGCACUAACAGCUGUCCACAACACAUCUCCAUUGAUACAGUGACUGUCCCUGAGGAAGAGGUUGCUAAACAAAUGCUACCAGAGGCUAGUGGAAUAUUAGUCACCAUGCAAGGGGGAAAUAGCAACGAGCACUGGCUAAACCCCGUGGAAAACAUUGACAUGGAACAGAUCUCACUGGAUUCGUUUGGCGGCUCCCUUGGGUACUCUGAGGAUGGAUACCCACAUAUGGGACUUGACCUUGACACAGCUGAUAGUGGCUUCCUUGAUUCCAACUGCAGUAGCCCUGUAUUUGAUCAGGGUGAACAGAUAAAGACAGAUCCACUUAGUAUAAGAGAGGUCCCCCAUUCAAACUAUGUAAAACAGUGGAUAGUGCAAAGUGGCCAGUAAGCCUCCUUUCAAACAGUGAAACAGUAAGCUCUGACACAGUCAGAUUUACUCUCGAUCUAGAGCUCUUGUGAAAAAUAAGUGCUUUUAAGUGGUGCUUGUAUGUCCAUAAGUCCAUUAAAUGCCACUUUAGUGUGCAUUUAAUGUAAGUAUGUAAUGCAAAAGUGUCUUGUAUUAUUUAAGCAUAAUUUAAAUAUACUGUUGAUAAACUUCACUAUUUGAAUUGAACUAUAUAGCAACUAUAGAUCAUUUAAGUGUGAUUUCAUGAUGUUUAAAUAUCACAUACACAACAUGUCAAUUCACUUCUAUAUGGAAUUCUGAGCAGAGGGAGUAGUACUUAACCCAGACUCUUUUAAAUUAACGUUUAUAUUAGUUCAAAGGCAGUAUGCACUCCAUGUUUUUCAAAGUACUGCGUUUACAAGAUAUAUCUACAACAAUAUCUUAUUUUUUAGUGCAUUCUGGGAUUGCCAUUAGAUCUGGUCUAUUCCUAGAAAACAAUCUAUUUUUACACAACAAUAAAAUAUAUUUCUGUUUGUAAACAAAUAAAUUGAUAAAUAUGUAUAUUAAGUGAGGGUUCGGGCAUUUACUGUUUAUGUUAAUGGCAUUCUUAGUUUCCUUAAAUAUGUGACCAGGAAGCAUGUUUGACAAGGUAUCUGGUCACAGUGGAAGAGGUAAGCUGUGAAUAAAUUACAUGUAGGAGCUUAGACACAAGAGGCAAAUCACACUCUGCCAUUUUAUGAGUUUUAGUUCUGAAUUCCGAGUAAAACAAACAAAAAUGACUUAUGGUUUGGAAGGAUAUCUGGGUCAUUACGUGCCAUAUCACCUAAAACCAGGAACAUUUCCCACAUGACAGCCGUUUUUUUUACAAAUUUAUAUCAUGUAUACCCUAACUCUAAAUAUGGGCACAGGCAACACCUGACACAUAAUUAUUGCUGUUCUUAGGUUUUCUUUCUGUUCUUUUUAGUGCUGUCAGUUUAACACGUUAUUAACGGCGUUAACGCAAACCCAUUU